AAAUCUUUUUUUCAAUAUCAAAAUUUUCAUUGACAUCAUUGUUACCAAUGGUUACCAAAAAUAUGGCAACGCCCAUCUUCAAGCAAAUUCAUUGUCCUCACCAAAAUUGGAAAAUAGUUGUCAAGUAUAACAACAAUAAGGGUGUUUAUAAAUCAUGACUCGAAAAUGAAAAGAAUGGAAUCUCUUUGAGUAAAAUUCUAAAUGUGUGGGAUGCCAGAACAUUUUUGCAUUAUUAUUUAAAUUUAUCGCAAUUAAUAUGUUGAUUGCAACAUUUAUAACCGAGGGGAAAUUCAUCUUGUAAAACAAUCUUUGUUAGUUAACAAUAAAAUUACAGCGACGGAUUAGACCAAUGUACACAAAUUUGGAUGAACAUCACAAAGUAUAAACAUGAGUUCGGACAAGAAAAUGAACUCAGAUAAUUUGAGUACGUCAGAUUACGCUAAUUUUGCGUUCAAUCCAUACGCUAUUAGCACAGAAGAUCUCACGAAAGCAAAAAAUGGCGAUAAGUCUUUGUUAAAUGGCGGAUACGAAAGAGAUGAAAAUCCACAAUACGAAGAUACAAGCCAAGUUGUAGAACAAGCUGGACUUGGUCGACGAAAAAAAGAGAAUCUUGUUUAUGAAGCAGCAGGAAAAAAGAUAAAGACAAGAAGAGAACAACGACAAAAUUUGCCCCCAUUACCGCCACCUGAAUAUAAUGAUACCUCAAAAGAAACAAAAUCAAAUUGGAAACUACCUUUCCUGAUACUCAGUUUGAUGAUGUUAAUAAGUCUUAUUGGAGCAACUUUAGGAUUACUUGCUUUUUUUAAAGAUAACAAAUGUUCAUGCAAAGAUUCAACAUCCAUAUCACUACCUGUAACGCAAGAAACAAAUAUAUCGCGAUUAAUAAAGCUCGAGACAGCCAUGGAGGAAACCAAAACUGCAUUGGAAAAGCUCCAAAUGAUGUACAACACAGAGACAAAUCAGAAAAUGGUUGUUAUAACAAAAAUCCAAAAACAAGUCGACGAAUUUAAUUCUACAUUGAAGAAUCUCCAAAGGACAUACGACGCUCAAAAUAUGAAGUUCCCAAAUAACAAUCUAACGGCAACGAAUAACAAUCAAACGGACAUGCAGGAAAAACUGAAAAAUACAAUUGAAUCAAUCAAUUCAUCAUUAAUUAGCAAGGUGGAAAAUAUCAAUAAAAACAUAACAUCACUGAAAGAAAGUUUCGAGGACAAGUUACGAAAUAUCAGCAAACAAAUGGGCCCACGUGGAUUUAAUGGAACACAGGGACCAAAAGGUGAAAAGGGGGAUGUUGGUCCACAAGGUAUUGGGAACAUAUCAGCUUGCAUUAUGAAUAAGUUACCUCAAAAAGGAACAUACGUCAACGAACAAUCCAUAGUAAAAAUCGAAUAUGCUCAAAGACAGGGAUGGAAAAUAAUUUCGGCAGUUUGCUCAACAACUCGUGCCCAUGGGACAAUGCAUACAGUUCUUUCAAACCAAGAUAAUACAUACAUUUGCACAUGCUCAGGAAAAUCAACUUUAAAUGCAUCUCAACAAAUUGAGUGUGUUAUUUAUUAUUGGGAAUGCCCAGUAAAUACGUAAUGAUAAAAGUAUUUUCUAACGUUUGUGGUACAAUCACAUAAUCGCUAGUCACACAACGACUUAGCUACUCACACCUGCUUUUGUGUGAACUGUUUCGCGUAACUAGGUGAGAAAUUUUUCAUUUUUCUGAUAACACGCCGAUGAAAUGUUGAAAAAUUUUACUUUUCAUGCGACAUUUGUACAAAUAAAUAUUUCUGACAAUUAUUUAAAUCAACGUUAAAUCCAACAAGUCAAGGACCCAGGCGUGAUUAGCUGAGCCGUUAAUCGAUAUCCAAACCGCAGGUUAAAUGCAACAUAAUAUACAAAUAUACAACGAGUAAGUUCACUGUCUUUAUGCAAAGACUAAGACAUAGAUUACUUACAGAACUACGUAAUUGGAACAAAUGAUAAAAUGAAACAUAUGUGUAAACUAUGUUGCAAAAUUUAUGACUGUAAUUUAACGGAAAGGUUUAUAUGACAUGAUGUAAUAUGAAAUAAUGCUAAGUGCAACUAUGAUUUCUUAAAAAUGUAAAUAAUUUUGCGUAUUAUACAUUGCGUAUUUGUGUGUAAUGUAUAAUUUACAGUAUAAAUCAAGUUGAUAUCAAAAAUAAUAAUAAUGAAUUUUGAAUAAUAAUAAUGAAUUGUAUAGAAAUGCACAUGGUAAAUUAUAGUGUCCUUGAGUGUAUGGACAUGUACAUGGUAUUCUAUGGUAUCCUACGGUAUCAUUGAGUGUAUAGCAUGUACAUGGUAUCAUUGAGUGUAUAGCAAUGUACAUGGUAUCAUUGAGUGUAUAGCAAUGUACAUGGUAUCAUUGAGUGUAUAGCAAUGUACAUGGUAUCCUUGAGUGUAUGGACAUGUACAUGGUAUCCUUGAGUGCAUAGCAUGUACAUGGUAUCCUUGAGUGUAUGGACAUGUACAUGGUAUCCUUGAGUGUAUGGACAUGUACGUGGUAUCCUUGAGUGUAUAGCAAUGUACAUGGUAUCCUUGAAUGUAUAGCAAUGUACAUGGUAUCCUUGAGUGUAUGGACAUGUACAUGGUAUCAUUGAGUGUAUGGACAUGUACAUGGUAUCCUUAAGUGUAUAGCAAUGUACACGGUAUCCUUGAGUGUAUGGACAUGUACAUGGUAUCCUUGAGUGUAUAGAAAUGUACAUGGUAUCCUUGAGUGUAUGGACAUGUACAUGGUAUCCUUGAGUGUAUAGCAAUGUACAUAGUAUUCUUCAGUGUAUGGACAUGUACAUGGUAUCCUAUCACAAUAUUCUUACUGAAACAAAUGCAUGUGUUUGUAAUAAAAAAAAAAUUAUAAAGAUUAUUCUUGCUAAAAUAUUCUUGAAAAAAUAAAACUACACUUUUUGUACAAGUGACAAUGAUGUGCAGAACUAUAAAAA